AUGGAGGUUUUAGUGGGUCCCACAUUCACCAUCGACGUUCCUUCAUCUCCGCCGCCUUCCGACCAGACCGACGGACGCCGCCGCCUCUUCAUGAAUGAAGAUGAAGUUCCAACAACGUUUCGGAUCUCGCGACCAGAAAAGUUUUUCGGCGGCGGUUCGCCGGAAAGUUCGUCGUCGAUCGGGACUCCGGAUGACAGUGACAACGAUGAGGAAGUUCAGAGUCAGAUGAAGACAAGAAAUGGAUUGGGUUCGUUGGAUUCUUUAGAAGACUCUCUCCCCAUCAAGAGGGGAUUAUCGAGUCAUUUUGAAGGAAAAUCAAAGUCAUUCACAGAUCUAUCACAAGUAAGCAAUUUAACGGAAUUGCGAAAGCAAGAGAGUCCUUUUAACAAGAGAAGAAGGGUUCUAAUUGCAUCCAAAUUUUCGAGAAAAUCGUCUUUCUAUUCAUGGUCAAACCCUAAAUCCAUGCCACUUUUGCCUGUUGACGAGGAUGAUGACGAUGCUUAUGAUCACGAAUAUUAUGAAGAUUAUGAAGAAGAGGAGAAGACCAGAAAAGUUUCAUCUUCUUCAUCUUCAUCUUCCUUGGGAGAGGACAAGGAUAAGAAACAAGAAGAUCAAGUUCAGAUUGGGCAUGGUAGAAUGCAUGAAUCUUAUGCAGCUGAAAUGAGGCUUAGACUUAGAAGCUUUAAGUCAAGAAGCUUUUCUCUUGCAGAUCUACAAGAACAUGAGGAUGAGGAUGACGAAGAUGAUGAAGAUGAUUAA